AUGAAUAUUGAUACUAUUAGAACCGGAUCCAUUUUCGCCACUUUUCCUGAAGCACGUGCAGCUAUAGAAACAUAUGCUGCAAAAACCAACACCGUAUUAAUUUUAGGUAGAACAACUAAGAAUCCAGAUGGCAGUGGCUAUAGGCAGGCGUAUUUUGUUUGUGAAAGACAAGGAAAGUAUGGUGGAAAAGAGGAGAAACACACUACUAAACGGACCGGUUGUCCUUUUAUGAUUGGUAUAAAUUACCGAAAGCGUUCAAAAAACUUUGUAAUUACAAACCCUGCUAUACGUAAAUUUGACCAAGAUGAUCUUGGCCUAAUCGAAAAACUUUGCGACAAUGGACUCCGCACAAGAGACAUAUUUUCAGUGCUUAAUUCAGUAAGUUCAAAAUAUGUCCACAAGCCUGACGUUUACAAUGCCAUAAGUCGUCAGCGUCAAAAGAAAUUACAAGGUUUAAAUGAGAUCGAGGUAUUACUUAAAACUCUGCAACAUGAUGAAAAUGUUCUGGGUAGUAUUGCAACAAAAGCCAUACACAAUGAUGAACGUGACCAAGACGGUGAAUUUAUUCAGGCGCUCAAAAAGGACGUCGAAAUUGAUGAAUUUAUUCAAGCUCUUCAAAAGCUUGUAUACGGGGAUAUUUCAAUAAAUGAAAUUGAACAAGAAAUAGCGGAAUUGUGGAAACGAUUUCCAAAUGCCAAAACUUACAUGAAUGAAACUUGGAUGCGGCAUAAGGAAAGCUGGCUCGCACCAUAUGUGAAUAAUAAUAUCAACCUUGAUAUAAGGUCAACUCAACGUGUAGAAA